CGUCGCCACCAAUCUCCUCUUCCUGCUGCUGCUCUUCUGGACUGUAGCGCUUUUCCGCACGCCGCCUGGCCAGCGUCAAGUUGUGGAGCAUUUCAUGUUCUUCAACAGCAUCGGCAUGCAUUUUGAUUUGAAUGCUGAGGCUGACGGCGUGGAUGUGUGCGUCGGCUGGGCCUUGCAGCAGUCUGUUGUGAAGGGAAGAUGUAUUCCUUACGUGGUGGGUAGUCCGAGCUAAAUCGGGAUGGCAGAGAGAUCUACAUACACGUAGAUACUUGUACACGCACAGGAAAGGGCUCAUCUGUCCUCCUAAAGCGCCGAGCAUACAGGGAGGGGGCCCCGUGCACACACACAAUCACAAAUUGCCGUCUUGGAUGGCUGCUGCGACUCGCAAUCAAACGCACAAUAUCAAAGGGAUGGCGUGUAAUCCAGAGCAUGUGGCGCAAUCAGCCGCCAUCCGUGCACAUCAUGUAUGACGGUAGGCUCGGCACAGUCGUGAGUCUUCGACCAUCAAAAUUGGCAGAGGUUAUCACACCUCUCUCGAGCAAAACCAUCUCGAGGCGCUGCCGCAACGCUCGACUCAGACUCGAUCAUCCUCGCCCGGUAGCUGCGCUGCUGCCGUGCAUCAUGACUGUUCUUUCUUCCGAAGGACCAACACUGGCUCUUCAAGCCGAACGGCGAACAGCACUCUUUCAGUCGCGAGAGGAGCAGACAGCGGUGCAAAUCAUUCGUGGUUGGCAGCGAGUCGGUGCACGGGUGCGAGUGCGCACGCACCGAUACAUGCAGCACCCCAUCAAUCCGACCACUUUAAGCCGGGGAGCAACUCUUUUGGCUGCGCUGACACUUGCAUAAAACACCAUCAUUUUGCGCAGCUACUGCACCGGGGAGCCUCAUCGACACACACUCAAAGAUUCUGUGACCACAUCAAGUACAGAUCACGCGGCAUCAUCCCUCAGAUCGCACUUGACUCACGAGUCAGUCUCGCAAAGAUCACACCUCAUACUCUGAUGAGUGUGUCACGACAGCGUGCUCGUAUCAGCACGCAUGCUCUAUCGCACUCAUCGUGACUCUGCACGCUUGCGAUGCUCGAUGCUCGGUUCUGCAACACCUACGAGAAGCGCUUUGAGAGCCUCAUUUCAGGAGCUAUCAAGAGGUUGCAAGCUGUCUUGAGUCGAGAGUCAAGGGCCCGCCGAACGCAACGCGAAUGUCCCGCUUCGAGCGCUGAGCGAUUGUAAAGGCUCAGCAGCACCAGUCAAGCUCGUUCUGUCUCGACCUCCUUCGCGCGCGAAGAUUGGCCGCAACCGACGCCGCGAAGCUCGAUCCCAAACCAGCAAGUACUAAGCAUGCGACUGCAACCACGACUUUUGACUGCUCGAAUGCACCUAUGUUGCGCGGAAUAAAUCCUCACCUCGGCGACAUCUGCGCAGCCAAUCAAUAGAGCAGUGAUGGCAUAACAAAUUGUACGGAGACUCAUGGGACCAACACUUGGGCGCUAUAGUGUAGAGAUCAACAUGAUCGACCACAGGCAGACGCGAUCAGGGUGCUUGUGCUACAUGAGUCUUCAUCAUUGAGGAUGUCGGCAAUUAUACACCAGUAUCCAAAAGAGACCAAGGCUAAGCCUGCUUCUUUACCUACAUUCAGUCUUGGCCUCGUCUCUGCACCCUCUCACCAGCCUCACUCCUCUCCUCCCGACCUCUUUUCGACGUCAACAGCUUGCGAUCCCUCACCUCUGACCGUACGGUAUUUGCCACUUUCUCCGCCAGUAAGCUUGCGUUUUGUCAUCUUCCUCUCAGCAUAGUCGCUCCCAACACAGUCACUUCUCGAUCUAUGUGCAUUUAUGAGGCCGCUUUCCAGCCAUUCCAACGCGACGACUUCCUCGCAUUCCUCCUCGUCGUGUCCCGGCGCGCACAUCACCACAGCAUCUCGUCUGACCCUGCUCACAGCAAGAAGCACCCGACCACUAAGUCCUUCGCGCAUAAGCGCGCACUGGGGGCACGUUUCGCUAGACUCUCGCAAAGAGCAUCCUGUCAAGAUAUGCCACAGCGCUGAUCCCACCAUAUCCAGCGCAGUUGAGCGCUCACUCUCGAUCAGCAGGUCGUCGGAUCGGCAAUCGAUGGAGUCUUCAGCUCGAAGCAGGAGCCGCGAGCGCCCAU